CUGAAAUAAGCGCCCCAGCCGGGUGCUAAUUCGAGGAUUUACGGUACACGAAAUAUACUUGAUGUACUUGCACAGAGUGACGUUAAGCGUUAGUCUCCCCAGUCGACAGUUUCACCCAAAGCGCGCGUGGAAUAACACAUUUCAGGAAGGAAAUAUCAAUUGACAUUCCCAUCUGGUUCGUGCUCAGCUGCACAACUCCACUUCGAAAUAAGUUGAAGUCACGGUUCUUUUCGGUGUAUUUAAACUUGCUCGAGGCUUUAUUCGUAAGACUAAAUUCUUGCGCGCCUGGGUGCAAAAAAUGGCGGACAAGCCUUUGGGGAUCGUAGUUGUCGGCUUAGGACGUGCGGGAAAAGCCAGGGUACGAGACUUGAAACAGAAAGUGUUGGGAGAGAGUGCUGUUCUUCGAGGAGUAAUCUCAAGAAGAAAAUUGGAAGAUGAUGUACCGUCUAUAGAUUGGGAUGAAGCUUUGUCAAGGGAUGACGUGGAUGCACUUAUUAUUAGCACAGAAAAUGACACUCACGAAGAGUAUGCCAGGAAGACUCUUGAGCAUGGAAAGCAUGUUUUGGUAGAUUUUCCUUUAUCUUUGACAGCUCAGAGUGGUAAAGAGCUUUUCAACCUGGCUGAAAGUAAAGGACUGAUCUGCCACGUGGAGGACAUAGCCCUCCUUGUUCAGUCUCACCAAGAUUUGAAGCAGAGCAUCAAAACAAAAAAUGUUCCUCUCCUUGAGGGCACAAUUCGCUUGGAUGCCAGAUUCUCCUCUGAGUGGAUUAGUGACUUAAGCCGUGCUGGGUUUCCAAGUUUCUCAGGGAUAUCAGAUUUGGAGUGUUUAAAUGAUCUGUUUGGUGAGCUGACAUUACAAGAAGCUCGCUUUGUGCAUGAAACUGACCUUCAAUCACUCACCUGCAAAUUUUACAACGCAGACAACAGGCCCUUGACAUGGAUAACAGAGAGAGUAAGGGAUGGAAAAGUGAGACAAUCACACAAGGAGUUUAAAUUUGAAGAUGGCACUGUCCUAAAGCCUGCACUUGUUAAACAUCCUCCUCCAGCAACCCCCGGACACAAAGGACUAUUCGCCAGGGAUUUGGAGUUGUUUCUGGCUGAGAUCCGGGGAGAGCGUAGCUCUGAUGAAAUUGCUGAAGACAAGAAAAGAGUUUUGUAUUGCCUAGAGUUGGCAGAGGAAAUAGAAAAAAUGGCCAGGGCUGCAACCUAGAGAAUCAAAUAAGGUGUUAAUUAGAGACUGGAGUUACGUGCCUCUUGCUCUUUUUAAAUUGCUUUUGAGGUAUGGUUACCAAGGGUUUAUGCCAACUUUAGACUAGGGAGGGGAGGGAGUAGGAGGGCAGUUGCAAAACCCACUAACCAGAGCAACAUAAUUAAACUUAUUAAGAAAAUUUAUUUUUGAAUUACUAAAUGUAUUCAUAAACUAGAUUAGCACCAAAUGAUUAACAAAUAUGAGGCACCUAAAAUGUGAAUCUUAAAAUUUUCAUGGUCAUGAAAUGCUGUAGAUCAUUCCACAAAAACUUGGUGGAGUUGAUGGAGUGAUUGUCUUUAACCCAAUGUACAGUUCUAUUAUUAAUGAUUGGCCUUUUGAGCAGAAGCAAGGCUGGAGAUGACUUUGUUACGAUGCAAACCUUGCUACUUUUCAAAUGUAUUAAAAUUAUCAUGUUGUCAUGCUAA